AUGACAUUCGUUAUUAUUAAAACUGAAGGCGACCCAAAUUCAAAAGUUUAUCCUUUAGAUUUAAAGAAAACAUUAUUAGAUAUUCGUAAACAACUUGAAAUAAUUAAUGAUGAAUUAUUUUUUUUAAAAAAGUUUGACGACGAAUUUCAUGAAAUAUCACUUAAGAGUGAAGGAGAUUUUUUAUUAGAACAAGUAAUAGGUGUAACUGAUGAUAAUUCAAAACGUAUUUUAUAUUUAAGGAAAAAAAAAUCAAGCUUUGAUUGGAAUAUUUUGAAUAAUAAAUAUAAUUUGGAUUAUGGAUGUAUUAUGAGUUUUGAUGGAAAUAAGAGGGUUAAUAAAAGAGCGUUCAAAAUGAAGAAUUGCGACAUAAUUGAUAUUGGUGAUAAAGGGUAUAAAAAAGAUAAAAUUGGAUUUGAUUCAAAAGAAGAUUGGAUGAAAAAAACAAAUUUAUUUAUUAAUGAUGAUGAUAUUAACAUUGAUAUUUUGAAUUUUGUUAAAGUUGGAUUUUCAUAUUCACAAAAUGAAAAUUUUAAUGAAGAAAUUAAAUCAGUAUAUAAAUAUUUAGAAGUUGGGAAGGUAUUAUUAAGAUUUCAUAAACAUUUAGAACCAACUGAAGAAUUUAUUAAAGCAGUAGAUAAUGCCGCUAUAUCUGAAAAUCCUAUGGAAGAGUUUAAGAAAAUAAUUGAGGAGUACGGACAAUUCAUUCCAACUGAAGUUAUUUUGGGAGGAAGAGUUUAUAUCAAAGAUAUUGAAAAGUCAUCAGAAAGUUCCACAAGUAAAGAAGCUUCUGCGAAUAUAACUAAAAUACUAGAAGGAAAUUAUAGUAGUACGAAGAAAAUUUCAAAAUUCUAUAACUUUAAUUUCAUAAAAUUACUUGGAGGAAAACAUCCUGAUGGUAAAAAUUUUGAUGAUGCUGCUGAAAAAGAUUGGAUAGAAUCUUUGAAAGAUUAUCAAAAUUGGGAGUGUAUUGAAUACAGGAAUCCUAUUAGUAUAUUUCAAUUUAUAUCUGAUGAUUUACGUAAAAAAUCCUUUAUGUCCAUUGGAAAAAAAAUACUUUAUACAGGUACUGAAGAUUGUGAUUAUGAUUUAUGUAUGCCUGGAAUGUACCGAAAUAUUGGAUUGAAUGAAAUGUCAUCAUGCAUAACAAGGAUUAUUCAAAAAAAUAAAGAUGCUGAUUGUGAUAUUUUUGCAACAGUCAUUGAUACUGAAGAUUCAAAAGAUGUUUUUUUUAACUGUCAAAUUUAUUAUAAUGCAAAAGGAGUACCAAGUAUCAUUAUUCAUGGUAUUCAAAAGGAGUUUCAAUCAUAUAAAUAUAAAUUGAAAGUUGGUGUGAUGGUUAUUGGUUAUGAUAUUGAUUUUAGUUUCAUUCUUUCUGAUACUAGGGUUGAAUUAAUAAAAGAAGAAUGUGAUUCACAAAAUCAAUAUAGUAAAAAAUUAUAUCUUAAGUAUGAUUUAUAUGAUUUAAUUGCAAAAAAAAAUUCUUUCUUUGGAAUUCCUGUAUUGAGUGAUUUGAAUUUUUCAAAGAAUAAUUCAUUCACAAUUGGGCAUAAUUUUUGCAAUACUCAAUUAGAUAUAGAAGAUAAAGAGGAAGAGGAAGAUAUUGAGGAAGGAAAAGGGAGAGGAAGAGGAAGAGGAAGAGGAAAAGGAAGAGGAAGAGGAAGAGGGAAGGGAAGGGGGAGAGGAAAAGUGAAAGGAAAAGGGAGAGUGAUGGAGAUAGAUAAGGAAAGUAAAUCUACAAUAAAUAUAUUUUCAUAUUGCUCAAAAACAAAUUGUUAUAUUAAAUUACCUAAAUUUACUUUUUAUACAUUCAUUAUUUCAAAUAAUCUUUCUUAUAGUAAUUUUAAAUUAUUUUCUUUGGAGCCCAAUACAUAUAACAAGUUUAAUAUAUUCAAUUUUAUUGAUCUUAAAAGAAAAUUUACUUCACGAUCUAUUAAUCCAAGAUGUAUUAGUUUAUAUUUAUCAGAAGACAAAAGUUAUAAUCCAAUUUUUUUGAAUCAAAGUAGUGAGCAAAUCCGUGUAGAAUAUGUUGAAUGUAAAUGCAAUAAAACAUGUUCUAUUUGUAAGGAUAAAACAUUAAAAAUUUCUGAAAAGGACAAUGCUGUAUGUGUAGUUUAUACUUUGAGUGAUAAUUAA